AUCAUAUGUAGUCAAUAUGAAUGUUUUGUUUUUAAGUCUAAAAUAAAUAAAUAACGUUUAGUUUGGGACUAGGUUGAUUUUCUGAAUAAGAUUGUCUCCAAAUAUUUAUUUUAUGUAUUUAUUUUAUGUAAAUAUUAUGAUUGUGCCCAAAUAGUAAAUACCCACAUGACGUGACUUCUAGUUCUUUAGUAACUUAGUGCUUACUUGAUUUUCAGGAAUGGGACAUCAAUUGUGACGAUUUAUACGCCCUAUAAUCCCCGCACAGACGUACCUUGCCAUCUUGCUUAAGUACUGGAACUAUAGGUGUGAAUAAUGUGAAUUCGGAAUGUGACGUCGCCUCCAAAACGCCUUCGGCUUCUAGCCUAUCCAACUCUUCGUAAAUUCGGCCUUUUAUUGCGAACGGCACCGGUCUGCUCUUAAAAAAUACUGGCUUUGCUCCUUCUUUUGGCCUAAUACACACUACAGGCCCCGUAUAUUUCCCUAAUCCUUCCUGAAAAACUCCUACAUAGCGUUUCUGUAUUCCAUUUAGUGUUGUGGCCACUUUAUCGCUGUCAACCUUUAAACUAUUUACUCCUUGGACAUGUAUCCCUAAAUCCCGGAACCAAUUCCGACCGAUCAAGCUUGGCCCGUUGCCCUUAGCCACAACUAAGGAUAAGUUUUUCUUUAUCUUCUUAUUCUGAACCAAAACUGUCACUUUACCCAUUAUACAUAGUCUGUUCUGUGUCCAUGUCUUUAAAGAAACCCCAAUAUCAUCAAAUACUGGGAGCGAGCCCUGCCAAACUAUCCUAGCGGUCUGCUCACUUAUGAGACUGAAAGCGCACCCGGAGUCUACUUCCAUAUCUAUUCUAACUCCAUUCAGCAUUAUUUCCAUCAUAUAUGCUGGUACUGCACUAUCUUGUCUCAUAUUAUUAACUGCAAUUUCUUCAUAUAAUCCAUUAAAAUCAGAUUUUGGUGUAUUAUUUCCUUUUAACUUCAAACCACAAACCGCCUCGAUAUGGCCCGUCUUGCCACAGCCAUGACAUUUGGUCCAUCUAAACCUGCAGGGGCCUCUAUGGGGUCUACCACAACGCACACAUGACAUCCUUUCUGUCUGCCUUUCAUUCCUUUUGUUAGUCAAUUUAUUUACUUCCAUUGGUACUUCUAAAUCACCAGAAACUUGACCAGAAGAAGCCGGAACAAUAAUACUUGAAUCAAUCCCUGCCGCCUCAUGAGAUAAAGCAAUCUGACAAGCUUGAUCAAAUGUUAAUGUACUCUGUUGUAACAACUUCUUCUGUACUUCUUUGUCCCUUAUACCACACACUAAACGAUCCCGCAGCGUUCGAUCCAAAUCUGUAAAGUUACAGUCGAUGCUCAAUUUCCUCAAUUGUGCUAUGAAAUCCCUAAUCUUUUCCCCCUCCUCUUGAUACUUAGUAUGAAAUUUAUAAGACUGGAUAAUUUCAUUUGGCUUCGGGUGGAAAUGAUUGUUCAACUUACCCAGAAUUGUUGUAAAAGUAACCUCACUUAUUUGAGUUGGUGCUAUCAGUGAUAUAAUCAGAUCAUACAAGUCGGAACCACACACAGCUAAUAAAUUAGCUUUCUUUUUACUAUCAUCUUCAAUAUCACCUGCCUGCAGACAAAAAGUAAACCGCUCUAUGUAAUUUUUCCAGCAGCCAAGCGCCACAUCAAACUCCCCAAACUUGAUGCCCAUUUUGCACAGUGAUACCUACUUUUAUGCGUUUUUCACUCAAAUCACACACUUUACACUGUAAUUGCACACUAUUGUCCUAGUUUUUCUCGUCGCCACUAAUAUAACUCACAGUUUAGGGGUCCAGACACUGGCAUGGGUCAGGUUCGCGUUGACAGACUGACUUUUCACAACUACCCCACUUUGUACCCAAAUGUCAAAACCUACCCCCAUUGUCUAUACAUAACACAGUUUAUAGAUGCAAGCAAACUCAUAGGGGCUAUAACUGGCGGAAAUCUUAAACAAAUUUUAGAGACAUCCAGUAUUGGGAAACCUCUAAUCAAUAAAAAAGUAUUAUCGUCUAGUGACCGAAAGAUACUGACGGCCCUUAUUGUUGAGGCUGAGGUGCGGAAAUUGAAAGAAAACACUGACCCAAUACGAAAAGAAACCUGGGAUACGUGGACAUCAGAAAUUAUAAAGCUUUUCCCAGGUGAAACAAAGGGGGUAUAUUAUAAUCCUUUUCGUCUUGUUGAUGGAAAAGCUAUCCAGGCCAGUGGCCUGAUAGUGAACCGAUUAAUAACCGUACGCAGAAAAUUAAAUGCAGAAAUCCGCAGCCGCAGCAGAAGUUGUAACAGCAGUAAUAGCGACAAGAGCAGCGACAGCAGCGGAGACCAAAACAAGAGAAAAAAAUCUGCUGUCAAAUCUUCUAAUGCACGGGUUAGACCUUUUCCUGACACCUUUCAAACAAUAAGUACCAAUCAAGACUCUGAAAAAGAUACCGUGCAGUGGUUGAAGCACUCUUCUUCACCGAGAGAAUUGGUAGAAACAAAAUGGAACAGUUGUCUACAUGAACGCAUGGCUGCACUGCAAGAAGGCGACCAUGUUAGUUAUUUGAGCAUCUUCCCAGCACUGCAAUGUCCUUGGGGCUAUGAAUUGCUGGCCAGUGACUUUGACAAAAUAUACCCUGAAAUAGAAGGAAAGUUCGACGAAAAUUUCCCGGUAGUGAAAGGUCGCCUGCUAUCAUUACUAGAUGAGAAGGCUCAACAGCUAACACGACCUGACACUUCUAUUCAAACUGUUUUGGAUCUUGCAACUUCGGGGGAGGAACAAGCGAAUGUUGCGACUUUUCUGGCAGUUCCCCUGUUGCUGAAACAAAUGCACACUGUUCCCGUGAAAGGAGUCAGAAAACCCUGGAACCCGUCUAGAUUAGAAGUAAGCAACGCGUUUUUAAGCUUGGUGCCAUCUACAUCGGACCUUCAAAGCCACUUCAGUGAACGGAAGGCCACAUUGCAGGAAAAAAAAUUGCCUGUUCUUCCAUAUUUGGUUGCUGUUGGGGCUUGCUGGCAGGAUGUUACGCAGUAUGAUUUAAUAAUCUCUGAAGACAUCAGGUACACGUUUCCCAGCAUUUGUAAAGCUGUUUCAAAUACUUUUAAGAUUCUAUGGGCAUUAGACUUACCAUAUUCAAAAGAUUGUGCCCCAGUCUGGAUGUUUAUCCAAAGAAGUAUAUAUGUAAUGAAGAGCAAGUUUGACACUGAAGGCACUCCUAUGCUAGAUUUGCUUGCUUCUGUUUCUAACAGGCACGAUGGUGCUGUGUGCAAUAUGUAAAAGGUCUUUUGUCCAAAUGAAGCAAUUUAAAACCCAUUUUACAUUUUAUCAUCCAGGUAAAUGUUAUAUUUGUCCAAACAUGGAUUGUGGGAGAACUUAUCAACUCUACAAUUCAUUUAGGCGUCAUUAUUUGAAAGAACAUUCAGAUUCUUCUAUGUUACAACAGGCUUCAAGUGUACAGGAUUUUGCUAUUGGACAAGAGACCUCUCCCGUGAAUAAUGAUCCAUUACAUAAUGUGUGUAGCGCAACCGAGUUUCAAAUUAAAGAAAAUAAUAGUACUAUACAGAGUGAUAGCAAACACAACACACCGCCGCUAAGCGACAGUUUAGGUCAACUUUUCUCAUCCCUGUAUAGUAAUCCCCAUUUGCCGAACAAUGUGCUAGAUACAGUUUAUAGCGGUAUUCACAACAUGUUCACUAUGUCAAUCAGACCUCUGUUACCAGUAACUUCUAGCUCUGCCGUAGCAAAACUGACAACCGAUCUAGAGAUGUUUAGUUCAACUUAUAAACGACAUCAGUUCUUUGAAAGUAAGGGUACUUUAGUUAAUCCUGAGCCUUAUACUGUAGGGCGACGAUUUGAUUACGUAAAAAAAAAAGGUAAAACUUAUUACCAAGCAGUAGAGUGCAUAGCCCAUAAAAUACCUAUUAGAGAUGUGUUGCACAAAUUUUUUUCGUUGCCUAACAUACUUCAUGAGACCAUCGAUGCUAUGAAAAAACUGAUGGCUCAUGACACGUCAAACAGUAUAGAGCAUUAUAUGCAUGGUUCAUUUUGGAGACAGAAAAAUCAUGGAGAUAAGAUAGUCAUGCCCAUAUUUUUGCAAAUUGACGAUUUCGAGACUUUGAACCCUUUGGGUAGUCAUAGUGGUGUGCACAAACUAGGAGCCGCAUACAUUUCUCUUCCUUGCCUGCCGUACUAUUGUGCCUCUCUGUUAGGUAACAUAUUUUUAGUCUUACUCUAUCAUUCCACUGACAGAGUGGAAUUUGGGAAUCGUAUAAUAUUUCAGCCCCUGAUUGACCAGUUUAAUGAUUUAUUUAAGCAUGGAAUAGUUUUUGAUUUGCCAGAUUUCAAGGGCACAAUUUACUUUGAGUUGUCAUUAAUUUUAGGAGAUAAUUUAGGCUUGCAUAGUGUUUUAGGAUUUGUUGAGAGUUUUUCAAGCAAUUUUCCUUGCAGAACAUGCAAAGUAGAGAAAAAAGUCAUGGCUAAUCAGGUUUAUGAAGAUGAAUCUCUCUUAAGGACCGAGUCAAAUUACCAGGAUGAUUUAAAAACGAAUAAUUCAUCUCUGACAGGCGUCAAAGAAAAAUGUAUAUGGCUCGACAUAGAAAAUUUUAAUUUAUUUUCGCAAAUGGGUUUUGAUGUAAUGCAUGACAUGCACGAAGGCUGUGCCAAAUACGUCAUGUGCUCUUUACUUGUGGUUUUUGUAGACAAAAUGAAAUAUCUUACAAUUGAUAUUGUUAAUAACAAAAUUUCCUCAUUUCAAUACGGUCCCGAUAAAAAAGAUAAGCCCGUCACGCUGGCCAUGUCCAAUUUACGAAAAGGCAAUAUACGUUUAAAUGCUGCCGAAAUGAGCACAUUUUGCAAGUAUUUUGGUGUAAUGUUUGGUGAUUUCAUUCCAAGACAUAAUAAAUAUUGGCAACUGUAUAUUCAAUUAAUGACUGUUUUAGAUUUUAUUAUGUCACCCCGUUUUGUAUCUGAGCAAAUAGACUAUUUUAAGUAUAUGAUCGCUGACUUUUGCGAAAUGUACAUCACACUGUUUAACCAAAGUCUUAAGCCUAAAUUUCACAAUUUACUGCACUAUCAUUCGGCAAUGUUACGUUUUGGUCCCUUGAGAUUUCUGUCUUCAAUGCGCUACGAAGCUAAACAUCGCUUCAACAAGUUAGCUGCAAAAUCAACAAAUAACCGAAUUAACAUGACACUGACAGUAGCUCGAAAGCAUCAGUUGAUGUUAAAUGACAUAUUCUUGAAAGAAACUAUUCGUUCGCCUCUUUCGUUUGGGGGCCAAGCAGAAGUACCAGUUAGUGAAUGUAAACAGAUUUUAGAUCAAAUGCAAUGGUCAGAUAUUACAAAAUUAUAUAAAGUGAGUUGGGCGGCAAAGUGUUCCGAGCGCUACCAAGUAAAUUCUGUAAUAGUUACUGCUAUUAAUGAAGAAAACAUUUAUUUUUCCAAAAUUGAUGACAUAUAUGUUGAUGGAGUGUCUAAGAUUAGUUUCAAGGCUAAGCCUUUACAAACAAUUGGUUUUGAUAAUCAUUACCAUGCUUAUAAUGUACUGGACUCAUUACAAUCAUCACACAUAUACAUUGAUCAAGACACCAUGCAGUAUCCGUUUUUGUGCAACUGUGUAGUCAUUGGGCAUAACAUUAAUCUUCCUGAGUAUCAUAUCGUACUCAGUAAACCGAUUUAAUUAACCCAACUAGAGUAAGAUUUAAUAAUUUGUAGUAAUAGUAAGUAUGAUUACAAUUACUUAUGCAGGUAUAAUGCAUACCCUAACUCAGUUUAGUAAAUUAAGUUCAAAAGGGCCGUGGAACAUUACAGUGUUAACAAUUCCUAUUUUAAACAUAUUUUUGUUCGUAUUUUAUUUUACAGGAAGUAAUCAAAUGUUAUAUUACGGUAAAUAUGUAAUGAUUAUUGAUGGGAAUAGCCCUCAUUAUGAAAACAGUUUUGUUCAUGCAGUGAUAAUAUGCUAAUAACCCAAAAAAAAAUAAAAAAUCUGCGGAUAUAAUUCGUGGUUUGGAAAAUCCCCCCCCCUACACCCUCGAGGACUUUUAGUAUGUUUAUCUGGACACCACAAGGUAUAAAUAACUAUACCAAUUUUCAAAACAACACGAAUUAUUUCUGCUGAUUGAUAUUUUCGGCUUAAUUUGACGUGGCUAUAAGUUUAGUUUCUAUUUAAACGAUAUGUAACUACAGUUGUGGCCCUAAGCGCCACUUGCACCAUCCUACUAACUAAUGAGGGGUUAACCGGUUAACCCCUCAUUAGUUAGUAGGAUGGUGCAAGUGGCGCUAGAUUGUUGUGUUAGGAAACACCUUGCAUGUAAGUAGUGACCUGAUGUAUGAAUAGCGUUGUCACUAUAAUAUUGACAGUAAGGUACAGAACUGCACGGGGUGGGUCACGUUAUACUGUUGUUGGUUAUUACCAGUACUUAGGUUAGGUUAGGUUAGGUUAACAGCAGGUAGAUAUAUCGUCGGGUGAUAAGCAAAAGUCACUAAGUACCACCACAAGUUCAUAGCCAUAGUGAACCGUAAUAUUAUGCGAAUAAGGUUGAUUUUUGUUUAAUUAUUUUUCAGUAGUUAGUGAGUUUUGCUUGUUACCUGACGGUAUGCUAAUUAUUAUUAUUUGUUCACAUUUAGCGGGUUCGAUUCCCGGAUCAGCCAGGCGAUUUUUCUUAAUUAUUUGCAAUUCGUAUUGUUUUGAAAUAAAAAUGAAAGGAAGCUAUUUUUACUUCUACUCGUCAAAUAUAUGGUCAUACUUCUAAUCCAUUCGCAUCCAUUUAACUUUGAAAUAGUAGGUACAGUCAGCUUCAAAUAGCCAGCCAAAGUCGCCAAAUAUGUCGCAACACACCUUUCUUGCCAUGGGAAUAAGGUUGUGUUUCGAUAUAUUUGGCGAGUUGUCACCAAAUAUUUGACGAGUGGAAGUAAAAAUAGCUUCAUUUCUAUAUUUAUUUAAAAACAAUACGAACUACAUUCAAAGAAUU